CUUUGUCAGUGUUUACACACAUGUUCCCCCUUUGCCAUCGAGCAAGAGGCAGGGCAAGAGAAAACAGCCCAGUGCUGGUCAUGCUGGAAGGCUGAAUGAAUGGCGUGCUUCGAGUUAAGCGUGCUAGAAGAUAUGCAAAGACGAAUUCGCAGGAGUUUCGAAUUCAAUGGGAAGACACCGUUACGUGUGCUGGAAAUUCUUCCCUUCCCUGACGCACGAUUGAUUUACUUGGUUUCAUUUUGCUUGAUUUCGUUCCAAGGUACAGCUUGGAGUUGGCAUGAUUUGAUCCCAACAACCCGGCAUACCAUGGUGAAGUUGGUGUUCUAUUGUUGACUUUUCACAUCUCCUAUGUUGUUUCAUUGACAGUUCCCCAACUCAACUCUGGUUUCAGUCUUUCUUUCCUAUGUGAGCUACUACAUAACGAAUUAGAAGUCCAAUUGACUGA